AUGGGGGUUCACGACCAGAAUUCCCAUGGGAAGCUCCUCUUCAUCCCAAAGAUCUGGACAGUGCAGUUCUUCCCGGGAAUCCCCUCCCUGAAUCCCACGUGUUCUCCCCUCCCUCGCAGGCUCCUGGGGGAGGGCAAUGCCGGGCUCAUGGCGCUGGCGACGCCGACGGAGUCGACUCCCGGGAAGCGGAUCCGCAAACCCUCGCUGCUCUACGAGGGCUUCGAGAGCCCCACCAUGGCCUCGGCUCCGGCCCUUCCCAACCCUCAGGCCAACCCGCCGCCUCCCGAGGUUUCCAAUCCCAAAAAGCCCGGCCGGAUCACCAACCAGCUCCAGUACCUGCACAAGGUGGUGAUGAAGGCGCUGUGGAAGCACCAGUUCGCGUGGCCCUUCCGCCAGCCCGUGGACGCCGUCAAGCUGGGCCUGCCGGAUUACCACAAGAUCAUCAAGCAGCCCAUGGAUAUGGGAACCAUCAAGAGGCGCCUGGAGAACAACUAUUACUGGGGGGCAGCCGAGUGCAUGCAGGACUUCAACACCAUGUUCACCAACUGCUACAUCUACAACAAGCCCACGGAUGACAUCGUGCUGAUGGCGCAGACCCUGGAGAAGAUCUUCCUGCAGAAGGUGGCCCAGAUGCCUCCGGAGGAGCAGGAGAUCGUGGUGCCCGUGGCCAAGAACAGCCAUAAAAAGGGGGCGUCCAGGGCAGCAGCGCUCCUGGCGGGACUGACGGCAGCUCAGCAGGUCCCGGCCGUGUCCUCAGUGUCCCAGCCCACAGUGUACCCCCCCACGACCCCCGAGAUCCCCACAACCAUCGUCAACAUCCCCCACCCCUCGGUCAUCUCCGCCCCCAUCCUGAAAUCCCUGCAUCCCAACGCUCCGGCCGUCCUGGCCCCGCCCGCGCCCACACAGCCCGUGGCCAAGAAAAAGGGGGUGAAGCGGAAACUCUCGCAGGGCCCCGUGUCCAAACCCAAGAAAAAGCGGGAGAAGAGGAAGAGGAAGAAGUCGGAGAAGCACAAAGGGAGGGACGAGGAGACGAGGGCGAGGCAGGCGCAGCUCCGGAGGGCCCGGAAAGCCGGAGGCGGCGGCGGAUCCAAGAAUUCCAAGAAAUCCGCCAAACCUGCCUUGCCAGCCCCUCCAUCCCUCUACGAUUCCGAGGAAGAGGAGGAAUCCAAACCCAUGACCUACGACGAGAAGCGCCAGCUGAGCCUGGACAUCAACAAACUUCCCGGGGAAAAACUGGGAAGGGUGGUGCACAUCAUCCAGUCCCGGGAGCCUUCCCUGCGGGAUUCCAAUCCCGAGGAAAUUGAGAUUGACUUCGAGACCCUCAAACCCUCCACGCUGAGGGAGCUGGAGCGUUACGUCCUGUCCUGCCUCCGGAAAAAGCCCCGGAAACCCUACAGCGAGACCAUGAAGAAGCCGGUGGGGAAGACGAAAGAGGAGCUGGCACUGGAGAAGAAGAGGGAGCUGGAAAAGCGUCUCCAGGACGUCAGUGGGCAGCUGAACUCGGCCAAGAAACCCCCCAAGAAGGCCAAUGAGAAGCCGGAAUCCGCCCAACAAGUGGCAGCUUCCCGACUUUCCGCCUCCAGCUCCAGCUCUGAUUCCAGCAGCUCCAGCUCCUCCUCCUCCUCCUCCGACACCAGCGACUCGGAUUCCGGUUAGUUGGGAAUUCCCAGGGAUUCCCAGGAAUUCCCGGGCUCCGCAGGACCGGACCCGAGUCCCCCCCCCGGAUUUUGGGGUGACUCCCACCCCCCUCCAGCACCGAUGGACUUUGGGAAUGUGGGAGAAGAGGGGGGAGGAUCCCAUGGGAUGAGGUUGAGAAUUUUGGGAUUAUCCCGUUUUCCUCCUCCAGUGAAAUUUUACUGUUUGUUUUUGGGCUUUUUGUUGAUUUUUUUGUUUUGUUCUGUUUUGUUUUUUUUU